ACCGGCUGCAGGCUGCCUGCGCGCCUCCCUCGAACAGCUUCCCGCCUCCCGAACAAUGCUCCGACAGCCAAACCCGAGACUACGCAGACACUUGCACCCAACGACGAAAGCAAUGGCAUCCAAGAGAGGCCCCGUAGGCCCGCCAAAGACAAAGGAUCGCGGCCCGACCAGCAAGGAAGACACGCAGACCGACUUCGCUGCCAUGAACGUCCUUGGAAACACGCCCGCCCCUACCACCGCCAUUGACGCUUGCGCACACGAUGGCUUUGCACUCAACUCGGGCCUCAAGAUUGCUGGUUCUGGAGUCAUGCUUGUCGGCGGAGAUGCCUUCAACUGGAAGCCGUGGAUCAGGGAGGGGAGAAGGGAGGGCACCAUUGGCGAAGGCGCAAUGGGCGACGACAACAAGGGCGUCUCGAGCGUUGGAGGCUCUCUGCGCAACAAUAAGGGUCAAUGGGAAGUGCCCGAGCACAGCUGGGGUAUCCUCGACGCUGUGUGGCCCAAGCCUGUGUCGCCCGAGACGCGAAAGCAGAUCAGCGAUCUGGGCAUCCGACUCGAGGUUGCAGACACGCGCAAUGCCGCCUCGCAGUUCAAUCUCCUGGCCACCGAGCGUGGUGUUCAACAGGUCGCUGCUGCUUUAAUACCCAUUGGUUGGAAGGAGGGCACUUAC